AUGGCAGGAAGAAAAAGAAAAAACGAAUCUAAGAAACCAAAUCCUACUGCAAGAUCAACUGCAGCAAUCUUUCAGGAUAUAAAUAAUUUAGAUGAAUUAGAAUCUAAAACUAAAAUCGACAACAACAAGAGUAAUGAAGAAACCAAUGAUGAACCUGCAGGCAGUCCUGAAGAAGAUAUUGCCAAUGCUGGUUUCCCAUUUAACUAUUUGUAUCGAGUACAAGAUCAUUUAAACGAAAAUAUGUCAGUAGUACAUGCUGUUCAAUGUUUGGUUAGUUUAUUUUUCAUCCAAAUGGUAUAUUUAGAUAGAGUUAAAAUCAUUGAUUAUUCUAAAGAUGAACAUUUACCAAUGCAAGUAAUUGCAGUUAUUUUUUUCAAUUGGGUAGGUGUGUUCCUUUGUACCGUUUUAGGGAUGGUUAAGAACAAGAGUGAAAACAAAGUAAUGCCAGAUUUCAAUUACAUUUAUAGUUUGCUACUUCCAGCAUUAUUGAGUGUUUUACAUUUCAAUAAAGAUUGGCUUUUAGUUAAUCUUUCAUUGAACUAUUUUGUUAUUGAUUCAAUGAACCCUAUUUUCAAUUUGUUUUCCAGUUUAGGGUUUUAUGAAGUUUAUAAAGAUGAAGAAACUACUUUGAUUUCCACUUUUCAAUUUGGUCAAUAUGCCGCAAUCUUUUUGGUAUUCCAAUAUAUAUUAAACUAUAUAAACACAGAAGAAAUUGACGACGACAGUAAUGCUAAACCAAGAACAAGUUUGAAAAGACUGGAAAUUCAUUUGAUUGUGCUUUUACUUAUCAAUAUCUUAUUCAAUCCCGCAUUUACCGGUGGAAAUGUUUUGCCAAUGAAAAUAUUCCAAAAACUCAUUAUUAGUUUUAUAAUUUCAAGUUUCUUUACAUUCCCAAUUAUUAGUUUCACUCCGGGGAUUCUUGUUAUUUUAAUUUUUGGCGGUAUAUUCUACGGAUUCACAAUCUUCCAAUUAACACCAAUUUUAAAUGAUAAUGCUGUAAAUUGGUUAUACAAUUAUGUCAUGAAAGAUGAAACAAGAGUUCACAUUAUCUCAAUAUGGGUGGCAAUGUCAGUGACCAUUAUCCCAAUGGUGUUUUAUUUUGCCAAUUAUUUGAGGCUUAAUACUAGAAGAAAGAUUUGGCAUGGCUUAAUGGUAAUUGCAUUAUGUUUCACCCCAGAAAUAUUAUUUGGUCAAAUUGAAUUUACAUUAAUAAGUUUAUUAGGAACAUUAAUUGUUUUCAUGGUAGUGGAAGGUAUUAGAUACAAUAGACUUUCUUAUAUUGGAGAAUUCUUACACAAAACUUUAUCUGUUUUCCAAGAUACAAAAGAUUUACAAGGACCUUUGAAUUUAUCUUACAUUUAUUUAUUAGCAGGGGUUACUAUCCCUAUAGUUUACGAUUAUUUGGUCAAUAAAGAUACUGUCACUAUUAUCAGAUAUAGUGGAUUGAUUACUUUAGGUGUUGGCGAUACAUUUGCUUCUGUGAUUGGUAAAAAGUUUGGUACGUUCAAAUGGAAGGGCAGCAACAAAUCAGUACAAGGAACAAUUGCUUUUAUUGUCAGUGUUCUCCUUUGUACUUAUGGUGCUGAUUACUAUUUGACCCAGAAUAAUACAAAUUAUCUUCCAAUCAAAAAUUGGGAAAAUACCUUAGUUACUAUACUUUUGGCAGGAUUCUUGGAAGGAACUUGUGAUAUUAAUGACAAUUAUCUCAUCCCAAUAUUUUUCCCUAUUUCCUAUGAACUAUUAAACAAGAGUUACAAAUAA